GGGCGGGUGGCCAGCGGGACUCGAGGGCAAGCAGCGAGCCGGGAGGAGCGGCCGGCCGGCGGUAAGCAGAAUGUCCCACGGAAUAUCCUCCACAGCCUCUCCAAAGGGAUUCCUCUCAGAGGGAAAGUGAAGAGCUGCUUGUCGUGAAGGCAAGGAAUCACCCAGGGAGUUUUGGGUGGAAACAGGUGUUGAGUGGCCACCUGGAGUCAAUGACUUGGCUCCAUGCGGGAGGCCACGUUUUCUGCACUGCCUGGAACUUGGCCUCCUGAAGGCCGGCCUACCCUCUCUGCCAUCGAAGCCUGAAGAGGCCUGCAGCUAUGGACACGAGGGUUCCCGGCCUCUGCUUUGAGCCACCCUCACCAUGCUAGUGCCUGGGGACAAGAACUUCCUUACCGACGUGAUCUACAUUGCCUUUGAACUGGUCAUUGCCCUUCUGGCCAUCUUUGGGAACGUCCUGGUCUGUUGGGCCGUUUAUCUCAACAGCAAUCUGCAGAAUGUCACCAAUUACUUUGUGGCUUCCCUGGCAGUAGCCGACAUUGCGGUGGGGGUCCUGGCCAUCCCCUUCGCCAUCACGAUCAGCACCGGCUUCUGCGCCUUCUUUUACGGCUGCCUCUUCAUUGCCUGCUUUGUCCUGGUGCUGACCCAGAGCUCCAUCUUCAGCCUCCUGGCCAUUGCCAUCGAUCGGAUUAUUGCUAUCCGUAUCCCUCUCAGGUACAAUGCCCUAGUGACCAGCUCACGUGCCAAGGGAGUCAUCACCAUCUGUUGGUUCUUAUCCUUCAUUAUUGGCCUGACGCCAAUGCUGGGCUGGCACAAGGUGGCUCUGGAAGAGAAUGGGCAAACUGAGAAUAGAACCAACUGCAGCAGCAAUAUGGUGCAUUGCUUCUUUGCAACUGUGGUCACCAUGGAUUACAUGGUUUACUACAACUUCUUUGCAUGUGUGCUGGUUCCUCUCCUUCUGAUGUUUGGGAUCUACUUGAAGAUCUUCAUGACAGCCCGGCAGCAGCUCAAGCAGAUGGAAAACAAGAUGAUGCACGGGGAACGAUCCCGAUACAUUUUGCAAAAAGAGGUCCAUGCAGCCAAGUCUCUGGCCUUCAUUGUUGGGAUGUUUGCUAUUUGCUGGCUGCCAUUACACCUGAUCAAUUGCUUCACCCUCUUCUGCCCCACUUGCAAAGACCCUCCCCCCGGGGUCAUGUACCUGGCUAUUAUCUUAUCCCAUGCCAACUCUGUGGUGAACCCCCUGAUCUAUGCGUACCAGAUCCGAGAGUUCCGCUGCACCUUCAGGAAGAUCAUCCAGCGGCACAUCCUAUGUAGGAAACAGGGCUUCAGAUCCGCCACUGCCAGCCGCAGGACUUCCACUCAUGACGGUGAGACCGAAAACACGGCCAUACGGAUCAGCAACUAUUCGCUCAACUUCUACUCCAGCAGAGACUUCAGGAGCAUCCAUGGAGGCGGUUCUGGGGGGCAAAGCAUCUGCAUGGAAUGGACCCCAAGCCAGAAUGGACUGGCUGGAGAAGUGAACGGGCACCUUGUACUUUCCUGCAAAAAUGGGGAGCUCCAGAAAAACGGAGCCCCUUAGCCAAGAGCCUCUUGGGGUUCCUGGGUUUUAUGGCAACGUGGAGGCUUCAUGGGAAGGUGCUGGGGUUGAAUCUUCCUAGGCUGCAGCGUUAAGGAAGGAGGGAUCCUUCUGAAAGGUUAGGGGAGAAGAGGUCUGCCAGGAGUGGGAGAAGGCAGCAGGCAGAGGGUUAGCAAGCCAAGGAGGUCCCUACUCAUUUCAUGGAUGCUUAAGGGUCUUGGAGGAUGGGGGAGGGGCAGUAGCCCACAUAAUAGUACAAGUCAGUGGCCAAAUUUCGCCAGUCCAGAUGUAUUUAUUGAAUCAAAGGGCAAGGAAACUGCAUGUUUUGCUGUGGGCAGGGGAGGGAAGGCUGACCAGUGGCCACUGAGUCUAUCCGGCUGCCUGGCCAGAAGCCCCAACGAUCAUUGUGUAAAUGCCAUUGUUUGUGUAAGAACACAAGUAGAGCGUUCUUCAGUGCAAACUCUGUGAUGCCUGGCUACUCUUAUUCUCCUGGGGGUUUGGGGGGCACAGAGGCUAAUCAAGCAGAGGGAGAGCAAAGCUCCCUCCCUCUUGGGGCUCCCUUGUUGGACGUAAAUGGUGGCUCCGGUCAGUCCAGGGGGGCAGAGCGGGGAGGGGGCUGAUGCGAAGAAGAGAGGAGGGAGGCAGCAGGAGCAGCUCUAAGGACCUGGCUGUUGGGAGACUCCAGAAGGGUCUUCUGCACCCAGGAUGUGAUGGGGGAUUGUCGUCUCGCUGGACCCCUGAGGACACAAACCUGUCUUUCCAGGCUUUUUCUUGCUGCUGGGUUUGCUGAACCUGCCAUCUGUUAGGAUCCUUCUCCUGAGUCUUUUCUGCUGUCUCUCGAAUUUUUUUUCUAACUAAAUAAUUUACUUUUCUGCAGAAGCAUAAAAUAGGCUUUAAACUAUGAAAAGAUGACCUAUCAACCAUGCCAUUUUAAUUGAAAAUGCCCCCAUAGACCGGGACUUCACUGCUCAGAAAGAAAAGGCCAGACUGACAAAUUAGAAAUAAUUGUGAGCUGCCGAGGAGUGGCGGGCAUGGCUAUCAGCCGUUUGUGGAUAGUGGCAGGGUAGACGUGAUGGAGCCAAGGGCCAGUGACUCCUGGAGGCUUUGGAGGCCUUUCAAGGCACUGGUGGCAACAUUGGCAGCGGCGGAUUGAUUGGGUUCCCAAGGUUGGGCUUGAGUGCUUCACCAGGCUGCACAUACUUUGUGGGCCGUACGUUGUGCUGGCCUCCCCACAACUGUAGCUUGGAGUGGCUCAAAUGGGAAGUCCUACUUUCCACCUGUUUCGCAUGAGGUUGAAACCUGGGAUGCAGGUUGCUUUCCUGAGCAUCUGUCCCCAAGUAGCCAAUCUCCAGAUGUAUUGCACCAAAGUUCCCACAAUCACCGGCCAUGCUAACUCAGGAUGAUGGUGGUUGAAAUCCAAUCUCUCUGGAGAGGACUCAUGUGGAGCUCUUCUGGACGGUGCCUGGGGCAAGGAGAGGGCGAGGGAGCCCGUUUGGGCCUCUUCAAAGCCACAGCUUGGCAGGGAUUCCAUGAAGCCAAAGGCAACAGUCCCUCAACAUCUGUCCAGUGGGCAAUAUCCCCCCUGGAGAUUCUCCCUGGCAGAAAGAGAGGCCCAGGCUACAGUGGCAUUGAGUUCCAUGCAAGCAGAAACCCACAGUUAAAUAUAGCCUUGUGCUUCUCCUUGGCACCUUAAAAAAAGUCCUGGAAGGGCCUGGCCUUCAUCAGACAAAUCUGGAAUCUGAAAAAGUCAAGCCAUUCAGAAGCACCCUCCCCUGCUCCUUUCCGGCUGUCCAGCUCUGGAAGAUAACAUGCCUGGAUGCAGGAGAAAAAGAGGUGAAAAAGAAAAAGAGGAGAAAGAGAAAAAGAGAAAAAGAGGAGCAGAGCCACUAGGGCUGCUGAGAAGAGAAGUCCAAUUCCGUGCCACUUCCUUUCCCAGUAUUUUCUCUUCCAGCUUCCUCUCUUGGCUCACUGCUUUCCCAACUUCAUCGUGAAGAAGAAGAAGAGUGCGCAGGUCAAGGCCGGCUUUGGGCUAAUGUACUUGGGAUCCCAGGCAGCCCCAGUGUGGGAAAAUACCAAAAGUGGAAGGGCUGACCUCAGGAAGUCCUCCA